GUGUGCAUAUAUAUACAAGAUCAGCAGUAGCACUACAUCUAAUACCAUACUACGAACCAUAUUGAAGUAGCAACAGUUCGACUUCUGAGGAAAAGGAAAGAUGACCAAGAUGAUUAUCUUAGCGUUAUGUGUACUUCCACUUGUUUUUGGAGCUCCAGCAGCUCCUCCUCGUAAGCAGCCUCAAAGAACUCUUGUCUACAAUAGACCAGGCUAUGGAUCUCCAUAUGGAACCGCCUACCAACGACCUUAUGCCAGCCCCUACCAACAUUCUUAUGGCAGUCCCUACCAGCAAGCCUAUGGCAGUCCCUACCAGCAAGCUUAUGGCAGUCCCUACCAGGCUAUGGGAGCUCCAUGUGGACAAUUCGGCACCCCAUGUAACCAACCCAUGCAAAUGCCAUACCCUCAAAUGCCCAUUCAACAACCCUAUGGCUCACCAUACGGAGCAUCUUGCUCUCCUAUGUGUGCAAGUGCCCCAGUAGCUUAUCAGGCUCUAUGCUGCAAACGUUCCAAAAAAGAUUAAAAGAACAAUAACAUCGUCUGCUCCUAAUGGUCAACACUUAGCAUGCAUCCAUAGAAUGUGCACAAAGCGAGGACAAGAGUAAAUCUAUCAGGGCUUAGGAACUGACCAAGUGCAUCUAUAACUCAAUGUAUUCACGCUCAAUGUUGACUAAUGAUUUCUUUUACAAUGUACAUAGAAUACACACGCUAGAUAAUGAGAAUGACACUAAACAAAAUCAUCCGAAAUCAUUGCUUAAAAUUGGUCAAUACACAUUUAGAAAAAGUUGAAUUUCAAUGACUAUUUCCAAUGGGAAAAUAAAAUUAACUUUCAAACGUU